AUGGACGACAAGCUAGAUCGCAGCAUCUCCAAGACGGCGUAUCCUGACGAGAAGCCAGUCGACGUAGGCGAAGGAGAGGAACAUGGCGCUGGUCGUCGCUUGUCGAUUCAGAUCAUUCACGACCUGGUCGCUGAAGACCAUACCCAUGAGAUCAAGCUUCGGACAAUGUCAUGGCAGAAGGCUGCUUGGUUGCUUUGCGGCGACCAAGUCUGCCUCGCCAUCAUGGCUCAGACAUGGUCGCUCUCCGUGCUUGGUUGGGUUCCUGGCAUCAUCACCAUGGUGGGCGCCGGUAUUCUCUUCUGGAUCACCUCCAUCACGAUGCACAAAUAUAUCAUGAAGUAUCCUCAGAUCAGGGACAUCUGCGAUUUCGGCUACUACGCCUUCGGCCGCAGCCGUCUUGCCUACGAGUUCACGGGAUUCAUGCUGCUCACCAACAAUAUCCUCCUGAUCGGGUUCCACGUCCUCACCGCGGCCAAGAUCCUCAACACUCUAUCGGACCAUUCGCAGUGCACGGUGGUCUUCUCGGUCAUCGGUAUGCUGAUUGGUAUCGUGAUGUCGAUACCGAGGACGCUGCGCCAUAUAUCCUUCAUGUCGAUGUUCUCCGCCUUCUGCAUGGCCAUUGCCAUCCUUCUCUUCCUCAUCUUUGCCGGUAUCGAGGAUCAUCCCGGAUAUGGUUACUACGGUACUUACCCUGCCGCCGGAGAAGUCAGGACCUACGCCUGGCCCCUACCGGGCACCACCUGGGUGAACUGCAUGAACGCCGUCUUGAACAUCACCUAG